ACAUCAGAGCAUAAGUACCUGACUGCACGGCUAGCGCUGAACGGAGUCAACUUCACCAAGUAUAGAGUGGACAGCUAUAGUCAUCCGACAUAGAAGCUCGCUCAAAGCAGGUAGGGCGGACCGCACAGGAACCACACCCGCGUUCGGGAGCAUGUGAGCUCUUCCACGGUGGGCGAUAGAUUCUUGGGCGAUUUAUCGAGUGUAAUAGGGCCAUCCUCGUUUCUGUGGCGCAGUGUAUUAGACUGCCGCAGGCGGUACACCUUAUCCCACCCUUCUCCGCGCACCGUACCCAGCAGCAAACUACCCGUGCCUGGCGACAAAGGGCCGGAGCGGGCAACAUUGACGAGCCGAGAUAUGCAGCCCAGCGAGAGUUGGAAGAACAACGCACGGAAGCACAUAGAGAGGAUGCUGCAGCCGGUGAUGAACAAAGCGCGGGAGCGAAGAGAUGUCCAGCUCUCGCUGUUCCCGACUGACGAGGUGGCGCAGGGGAGGAUCCUCAAGGAGUUCUCGGAUACGAAGGCCUUUAUAUCCGCGAAAGCCGAGGCGACCUUUCGCAAUAUAAUGGCGUCCAAGCUGAAGAUUCAGAGAGAAGAGCACGAAGCGCGGCUUGAUGCGAACAGUGAGAGUCCACCUUCGUCCACCGACGAGCUCUUAUACCAGACGCAAUCUGACGAUCCUGAUGCUGGACGGCGAUGGCGCGUCCACCCCAACGGUGUGACGUACUACUGGCCCAUGGAGACACCAGCAACGACCGCUCAAGCACAAACGCGCGAUGACAUAAACAGCUCGCGGACAAAGAUUUGUGGCAAUCUCACCUCGUCUCAGUCCAAGCGCGACGCGCCGGCGACUUGGACCGCCAGAGCCGCAACCCCAGCUUUCCUAUACACCCGUCCACAACAUCCACCUGGGCGAGUCACAGAGAGCCGCCGCUCGAGCGCAAGUUCGUCCUCGUCGUCGAUUUCCGCAGAAGAGAUUACCCAAAUAUGGUAUCCCAGCUGCUCCCCAGACGAUAAAGAGGUCAUCGUCAUACCGUACCGGAGGAAACAGCACGGCACACAGCAGCAGUCAUCGCAGCCCAGUAGCAACAGUCGACCCAACGUCAAUGUUCGUUCACACAUUGCUAUGCCUGCGAAUGACGCCUCAGGAGACAAGGAAAUGCUUGGUAGUCCAGUAGACACCGCAUCGGAAUCGUCUCCCAGCGAGCGGGGAUCGUCUCCCUCCUCCACACAUGAAGCCAACCUCGUCCCGCAGCGCAUCAUCACCGCGUCGUCCCAGGCUCGGCAGAAAUCGCCGCAUCCAUCAAGUGCACCAGCCAGUCAUAUGAACGAGAGUCCCACAGCGCAUCCUCCACUCCCGCCCAAGAAGUCGACAGCGAGCGCCAGGACCAAGCAGCUGCGAGGGAUCCUCAAAAAUGGCGCGGGCACCGCAAAACGUGCACCCGAGAACGAUCCAGUCUCGACGACAUAUGCUGCAGCAUCGCGCACCGCGACCGAACAUAAGAUAUCCUUCGAGGAGAAUCCGAGCGUGCGAUUCGAUGCAGCGCAGAGUCGGGUCCCGCUUGUCGCCAGGACCGAUUCAGAUUGCAAGAGCAUGACAGCGAAGGCAAAACAGCAUCCGACCGUCAGGAAGGUGACUGUCGAGGACUGUGACUCGGACGACGACGCAAAUGGAUGGUGAAAUAGUGACCUGCGGCGCGAGUUAAAUUCCACGUAGAUGAAGCAGAUAGCGACCAGCGCAGGGCAAGAUGUUCUCAAGAUCUGCACGAGCUAAUUAAUUUGUCGAGGAUAGUAGCGUCGAUGAAGGUAGUAGCAUCGCUGUGGAGCAUUGCAAGCAAGGGCGAAUGGCUA